UUUUCCUCGUCCACUCGCCUCGUUCGAUCGAAUUCAACGGCGCCACGGAUUCCCUUCCCUCCGCUGCGCCUCCCGAGGUCGUCGCCCUCAAGCUCAAAGGAUAUUUCGAGCUGGCCAAGGAGGAGAUUGACAUGACCGUCCGGGCCGAGGAGUGGGACUUCGCAGUUCGCAGACGACGCCAUCGCCCACUACCGAAACGCGCAGCGCGUCAUGCUCGAGGCUAAGGCCGUUCGAGUCCCUGAUGUCCUCUCUUUUGAGGUCGGUCAUUCGAAGGGAUUUAUUGGUCCGAUGCGAUUAAAGGUUUACUACAGGUGCUAUCGCAGAGGACAGGUAAUCCUUUUUAUGGAAAGCAAAUCGAUUGUGAAUGCUUCUUUCUAGAACGUCUUUUCCUUGUUUUCCUAGAAAACUAACUAUUUGCUUUUCUUCUUUCGCAUGAUAAGCUGCGCCGUCCACUAAGGUAUGCAUCUCCUAGUUGAAUUGUGGCGACAUUCAUUGUUCAGAAGAUCUUGUUGGACAAUGUAGGCCUUCGCUAUAUUUGUGCUACUGCAGAGCGGUUCUUCGCUGUCGGCAGCGUUUUGGGCAACAUGGUUGCGUCUCUGGCUGACCAACCUUCUACAAGAUUGCUUAAGCACAUAAUCAGAUGUUACCUGAGGCUGUCGGAUAAUCAAAGGGCAUGUGGAGGACUGCGUGGUUGUCUCCCGGAGAUGCUGAAAGAUGGAACAUUCAACAACUGUCUUCGGGAUGACCCAGCAACUCGUCGUUGGCUUACACAACUACUACACAAUGUGUCCAACACUAACCUAGGGGCAUCUCUUCAACAGGGAGGGUUCGAUCACCUGAUGGGCAACUAGUAUGGAUUUCAUCACUCCUUUGUAGGGACGAGGGCCAUUGCAGAGAUCAUGUCGUAGGUUCUUAAUUUAUAUGACUGUUGUGUAUUGUAUUGUAUUGUAUUUAUUGUUCUUUAAAUACUAAGCCACAAAGCAGCAUGUUUUCAUUUUGUUUACUCUUCCACGGUCGGGUGAUGAAGGGACUCAUUGAGCUCAGAAGCUUGUAUAGUUCUUGAUUCGUUCCAAGACUCAUGAAAAUGUAAUGCUUGUGAAGUUCUAU